AUGUUGCUGCUACAUUUACGUCAUCCGGAUGAUUAUUACCUGAAGGAUGGAAUAGGCCACAGUGACAGUUGGCUUGACAACGAGGAUGAAAUAGGCCACAGUGACAGUUGGCUUGACAACGAGGAUGGAAUAGAUUACAGAGACAAUGGGCUUGACAACGAGGAUCGUAUAUAUUACAGAGACAGCGGGCUUGACAACGAAGAUGGAAUAGGCCACAGUGACAGUUGGCUUGACAACGAGGAUCCAAUAGGCCACAGAGACAGUGGGCUUGACAACGAGGAUGGAAUAGGCCACAGAUACAGCGGGCUUGACAACAAGGAUGGAAUAGGCCACAGAGACAGUGGGCUUGACAACGAGGAUGGAAUAGGCCACAGAUACAGCGGGCUUGACAACAAGGAUGGAAUAGGCCACAGAUACAGCGGGCUUGACAACAAGGAUGGAAUAGGCCACAGUGACAGUUGCCUUGACAACGAGGGUGAAAUAGGCCACAGAGACAGUGGGCUUGACAACGAGGAUGGAAUAGGCCACAGAUACAGCGGGCUUGACAACAAGGAUGGAAUAGGCCACAGUGACAGCUGGCUUGACAACGAGGGUGAAAUAGGCCACAGACAUUUUCGUAAACAUCUAUUCGCAGCUCUUCUAGACAGUGGGCUUGACAACGAGGAUGGAAUAGGCCACAGAGACAGUGGGCUUGACAACGAGGAUGGAAUCGAUUACAGAGACAGUGGGCUUGACAACGAGGAUGGAAUAGGCCACAGAUACAGCAGGCUUGACAACGAGGACGGAAUAGAUUACAAAGACAGCGGGCUUAAAAAUGAGGAUGGAAUAGGCCACAGUGACAGUUGGCUUGACAACGAGGAUGGAAUAGGCCACAGAGACAGCUCGCUUGACAACGAGGGUGGAAUAGGCCACAGAGACAGCUCGCUUGACAACGAGGAUGGAAUAGGCCACAGAUACAGCAGGCUUGACAACGAGGAUGGAACAGGCCCCAGAGACAGUGGGCUUGUCAACGAGGAUGGAACAUGCCACAGAGACAGCUCGCUUAACAACGAGGAUGGAAUAGGCCACAGAGUCAGUUGGCUUGACAACGAGGAUGGAAUAGAUUACAGAGACAACGGGCUUGACAACGAGGUUGGAAUAGGCCACAGAUACAGCGGGCUUGACAACGAGGAUGGAAUAGGCCACAGAUACAGCAGCCUUGACAACGAGGAUGGAAUAGAUGACAGAGACAGCGGGCUUGACAACGAGGUUGGAAUAGGCCACAGAUACAGCGGGCUUGACAACGAGGAUGGAAUAGGCCACAGUGACAGUUGCCUUGACAACGAGGGUGAAAUAGGCCACAGACAUUUUCGUAAACAUCUAUUCGCAGUUCUUCUGUUAUUUUCCAUAAGAAGCCUCACCUUCAAAUUCUCUGUUUAA